AUGACAAGUCCUUUGGUGUUGAUGGCGGGAUGCAAUAGAAGAAGAUGGAAAGGCACCGAGGGGCAAAAAUGCGUAAUAUGGCCUGUGAUUUUAACGUACCUGAGUAAUAGUCCAGCAGAAAAAAAAGAUAGCGUGCCUAGAAAAGCCACAGAGAAGGGUCAGUGGGGCGAAGAAGAAAUUUGCGGGCUGCGACGCAAAAGCUGUAUAACAGUGGCCGGAUGGAUGUUUGACGAUGAGCAGGAAAUCGAAAAGAAUUCCGGGUUGCAGUCGAUUAUUUUUAAAGAAGAGAAGAAGAAACGGCUCGGUCAAGGGAAAGCGGCCUUCUGGGGUUUAGACGUGGUGAAAGGGCAGAUGCUCAAGCGCCGCCUUGAGGAUUUAAAGGGCGGCUGCAGGGGUCCCCCAAGGCUGCGUGCGCCUCAUGGAAUUGUAUCGAAGAAAGUCGAUGGUGUGGCGGUGCCCGAUAAUGCAAAGCGCGCAACCUAUUCGUUCUACCAAGCGGCAAAGCGACUAGCAGCGGGUACCACCGAGUAUCUGGUGGUCACUGUACAGAGCACAGAGCACCGAAGAGGCCUCGGCGCCUUGACACCGCAAAACAGGGCAGCUCAAGACCGCAUUGCUGUUCGAACUCGGCUCAAAUCGAUGGAGAUCGACUGCUAG